AUGUCGAUUUCUUCCCUAUCUCAAACUGCACGACAUUUCUAUUUCAAUUAUCAUUAUCCAAAAUCAACUUCCCCGUGGAUUCACUCGACUUUUCUACGACGUGUUCAAUAUGCCAUUCAAGUGGUUAUUUGUUUUUUGUCUGCCAGCUUUCUCGCGUUCGAAACUCGAAUAUCCAGCCAUCUUUCGUUAGAAUAUCUUGUUCCAAUCAUAAGUAUUCUGUGCUUACAACAAACCUUCGGAUCAACGUUAUCAUGUUGUGUUCACAAUACUAUAGUACUGACACCUCUAUCAGUAUCGUUAUUUGUUACGAGAAAAUUUCAUCUUUGCUAUCAAAAUUAUGUUGUAACUGAACUUCUGUUACUACUUACAUCAUUUUUCAUUACAUACGGAUGCACUCAAGUAUCCACGAAGCGAACUGUUCUUCUCUACAAUGUCAUAUAUUUUGCUAUGUGCUUUUCUCAUGCGGAUAUGUCACUGAUGUUUCCUUUUCAAUUGUUUGGAAUUCAUAUGUCAGGAAUGGUCAUGGCGGUACUGGUUUCAUUGAUUAUCUUUCCGCUGUUCGCUACUUUUGAAGUUGAAAAUCGCUUUCAUUAUUCGCUAUUAAAACUCCAACAAAUGCAUACAUUGAUCAUUCAAGCAUUUCUUUGUCAUGAUAAAAUGGUUGCUCAAAUGUCACUUAUUCGGGUAUCAAUCAUAGAAAAUAUGGUACACAAAGCAUUGAUUCCCGUUCAAACAAGAUUAGAUGAAGCUCGUUUCGAACCGUCCAGAUGGCUACAACGAAUAUUCAAUCGGAAACAUCGCCAUAUCACUGAUCUCACGUUGCAAGAACAAGAAAACUUUAUCAAUUCACUAAUGUGUCACAUUAGUUCGUUAGAACUUAUGAUUAAAAACUGUUCAUUCAAUGAGUAUCAUCAUGAUUUUGCAAAGGAACUUGAAUCAAGUUUACUGGAUCUUAGUGCUCGUCAAUCGACUGUGAUUACCAGUUUGAUCGCUCCUUCAUCAAUAUCAAAAUAUGAAUUUUCUCAACAAAUAUCUAAUCUUCAACAGGCAUUUUCCAAACUGCGUUCGGCUUAUAUCGAUGUUCGCCUACGUCGCAUUGAACACGUAUUACAAUCUGCUAAAACAAUACAGUCCGAAGAUAGUCUUUCCCACGCUUAUUUUCUCUUUCAUCUCGAAGUAAUUAUACGAAUUCUGACCGAAUUAGCCUUGAACAAUGAAGAUAAAGCUAAGAAUAUACACUCAUCCGGAUACGAAAAAAAGAAGAUGAAUUUCAAACCAGAAUGGUCUCGCAUAUUGUCAUCAGUAAAAUGUAUUAUUAUUAUCGGAGUCGGAUCGCUCUUUGUAUUGGUACCUAGUUUAUCAAAAGCAUUCGAAAAUGGACACUUGAUAUUAAUUACUCUUUGUGUAACCCAAGGUGAUACGGUUGGUGGAGCAUUAACAACCAUGAAGAUGAGAUUGAUAGGAACAUUGAUCGGUGCCAUCUGGUCUUACAUUACAUAUUUACUAGUUCAUACUAGAAUAUAUCCAACUUUAGGCAUAUUAUCUCCAUGGAUAUUUGUCUUCAGUUAUUUAAAACUAUUACCAAAUUGGGGUUAUACAGCUACUGUCGCUUCAUUUACACCUGUAGCUAUUAAUUUAGCUCAACUAAGUCAUCAGAUUCCGUUAUCUGAAAGUAAUGCAGUUCUUCUCCGCAUUGAGGAAAGUUUCAUAGGAAUUACUAUUGCUGUUGUUCUAACUCUUCUGAUUUUUCCUAUCUUUGCCAUUGAUUUAUUGAAAGAUAAUAUCCAACGUAAGUCUCGUUUCACUGUUCAACUUGCCUUAAAUAAUUUGAUGGUUUCUCCUUCAGGAACGCUGAAAACAUGUGAAGAAAGUAUAGCUUCCAUGCAUUCCGUUUAUGAUCAAUUAUUUCAUCAUACGGAGUCACAUGAAUCGAUGGUUCAACUGGAAUUAGAGGAGAGAAAAGUGGAAUCGUUUAUCAGUGCUCAACGUAGUGUGUUUCAUCGUUUAAUUAGUGCACAACGGACUCUUGUUGAACAUGCAUCACUUGAGCCAGCUUUAUGGUGGAUGAAUCAUGGAUUUUCAAGCAAAUAUUACAAUGAACUUGUUCGACAGCAAGUGAAUACGUUUAAUAUGUUACAUAAUGUUGAUGCAGCCUUAAUGAAAAUCAAUGAGUACUCAGAAAAUAUUCACCAUUUUCAAGUAAAUGUUGCUGGCGGUCAUUUCCUUCCGAAUCUUCAUCGAGAAAUCUCCGGCCUGAGUAAACAAUUAGGUACCUGUUUCCAUGCAUGGAUAUACGAUUUCGCUGCGACACAAACACGAUUGCAUCGGUUAUUCCGUCAAAGCAUUUAUUCGAAUGCAAAAUUAGAUGAAGUCCAUCUUACGAAAGAUCAGCAAUGUUUAGUCGAUCUAUAUCAAAUAGUUCAUCAGUUACAAGACCAACACCAGGAAAGACUCAAUCAGCUAUUACAACAUUACCUUGAUCGCUUAACAGAUGGUGAAACUUACACUUCGAUCAUACCCUAUGCUACUAAUAACGAAGCCGAUUCGGUUUUUAUCGCUUAUUACGCACUGUAUUACUCAACAACGCAACUAGCUCAUUCCAUUUUAAAACUAGGCGAAACUAUUCAUACUAUUUUGGAGUUGGAAACAACACAUGUGUAUCGACAUUUCUAA